AAGUUUACGUUGAACAAUGGGUAUCGCCUGCUCGAGGCUAGGGCUAGGUGGCGAAAAUCUUAUCAAUGAAGAGAUCCGGCAACGCAAUGGGCUCGACGGGAGGCAGCGAAUCAGGUGGAAACUCGGCUGUUGGAAGCGUAGGAAGAGAUAUCGCCGGUGUUGUAAGAGCUCAGAAGCAAAAACCUCCCUUCCGAACUGCUCAGGACGACUCCAAACCCCUUCUCCAAGACCCGAUACUGAGGUCGGUUCCUUUUGAAACUGAGCAAGCUAUGAUUCGAUUACCACCUUUUCCACUCAAAGCGGCCAAAUUCUAAUCGAGCAACUGGAAAGGCUGGUGCAAAUAUGCAGUCACGGCUGCCCCAUUUGGGUUGGGGCAAAACCUUCAGCGCCAUGCUCCUUGAAAUCAACCCAGAUGUGCAGGAUCGAGUCCUAAAUAGUUAUAUAGAGGCUUGACAAUGACAAUGAAUAUGACUUACAUAUGUGUCUUAGGCUUCGUUUGGGAUAUUUUUUUUUUUGUUGCUUUUUAAAAUAGCUUUAUAGUACAAAAAUUAAAAUGUUUGUACGAAAAAGCUGCUUUAAGAAGCAGCAAGAAAGCCGUCCCCAACAAAGCCUUAAUCUGCACUGAAUGCUAUACUUUGUUUUUUAGGGAAAGAAUGCUACACUUCUUCAAAUACUAUGGUUUACUUAUUCCAUUAUUAAUAUUCGUUGAACUGUUUUCGAUUUUA